CGGCCAAACGUCGUCCGACUCUGACUGCUUCGUUCCCUCGCGAGCGCGUCCGGCUACCCCGGUCUAGUCCCCGUCGUCGAUACCCACCCCACUGGUUAAACUGCAUCACCACCUCGCCCCCUCUUCGGCGACGCUUCACCUCCCCAGACCCUCCGUCCGGGUAAGCCUCGUGGUGCUGCUGCUGCUACAGUGGCGUAUCCUGCUGCCCCCGUCCCCGCGUCGCUCCGAUCUGUUAUUUCUGCUCGCCGCUUAUUUCAGAUCCAUCAGGUGCCUAGCGUGCUGCUUUGCCGGUGCCGCGAUCUCGCCGCCGAGCUGCCCGGUCGCUUACUCAUCUCUUGCUGUGAUCAUCAGAGAUAUGAUACUUCAGUGCUGCACUUGAAGAUUUGACCCAUCGUGGUCCUAGUCCUGUUCUAUCUGCUGGUGCUAGGCAGACUGAAUGGCUUUCCGAGAGGAGAGAUAUGUGAGGUUUCAUGACUGGAGGUCAGAGUAUUCUGUCGGGUCAGAUAAGAUAGUUUCAGAAGGAAGGCAUACUGCAUUUGACUCACUAAAGGAUAAGACUCUAGGAGCCUUCUCAUUCUUAGGGAACAGUUCACACCCUGAAACCCUGAACAAAUCAACACCAGAGGAAAGGAAGGCCAAAACAAGAGUUCUUGAUCCUCAAGGGCCAUUUUUGCAAAGAUGGAACAAGAUAUUUGUGAUAUCAUGUCUAAUUGCAGUUUCUGUGGACCCACUAUUCUUUUAUAUCCCAGUGAUCGAUGGUGUCAAGAACUGCCUAUAUCUGGACAAAAAGUUGGCAACCAUUGCAAGUAUCCUGCGCUUCUUCACAGACAUCUUCUAUUUGCUCCAUAUAAUAUUUCAGUUCAGAACAGGAUUUGUUGCUCCUUCCAGAGUAUUUGGUCGUGGUGUCUUGGUUGAAGACACCUUUGCAAUAGCAAAGCGUUAUCUAACUACAUACUUUCUGAUUGAUUUUUUAGCUGUUAUGCCCCUCCCUCAGGUUUUUGUAUUGUUAGUGCUACCCCAUCUCAAAGAUUCCAAGGUUAUGGAGGCAAAAGAUAUACUGAUGGUUAUUGUUACAUGUCAGUACGUGCCUCGGCUCGUUCGAAUAAUACCACUCUACCUUCAAAUCACAAGGUCGGCUGGCAUAAUUACAGAGACGGCAUGGGCUGGUGCUGCUUUUAACCUUUUAAUUUAUAUGCUCGCUAGCCAUGUGUUUGGAGCCCUUUGGUACCUUCUUUCCAUUCAGCGAGAAGAUACCUGCUGGAGAAAAGAAUGUGGCAAGAUAAACUGUAACUUUGCAUCUUUAUAUUGCGGGAGUAAUACAGCUAGAGACACUAUUUUCCUGCAAAAUGUCUGUCUGACAAAUGGCAGCGACGAUAUAGACCCAACCUUUGGAAUUUACCUACCGGCUCUCCGAACUGUUUCACAAUCGACGAGUUUCUUUGAGAAAUUUUUCUAUUGCUUUUGGUGGGGUCUGCAAAGUCUAAGCUCUCUUGGUCAAAAUCUGAAAACAAGCACUUACACAUGGGAGAAUUUGUUUGCUGUUUUUGUCUCGAUAUCGGGUUUAGUCUUAUUUGCCCUUCUUAUUGGUAAUGUGCAGACAUAUUUACAAUCAGCCUCUGUGCGGAUAGAAGAAAUGAGAGUGAAAAGACGUGACACAGAGCAAUGGAUGGCACAUCGAUUACUUCCUGAGAACCUCAAGGGGCGAAUAUUGCGUCAUGAGCAAUACAGAUGGCAAGAAACAAGAGGGGUUGAUGAAGAGGGCCUUCUUAUGAAUCUUCCCAAGGAUCUUAGGAGGGAGAUAAAACGACAUCUUUGUCUAUCACUUCUCAUGAGGGUUCCAAUGUUUGAAAACAUGGACGAGCAGCUCUUGGAUGCAAUGUGUGAUCGUCUAAAGCCCAUGCUGUACACUGAGGACAGCUGCAUAAUUCGAGAAGGAGACCCCGUGAAUGAAAUGCUUUUUGUUAUGAGAGGAUAUCUCGAGAGUAUGACGACAAAUGGUGGACAGAGCGGAUUCUUCAACUCCAAUGUUCUCAAAGGUGGAGACUUCUGCGGUGAAGAGCUCCUCACUUGGGCUCUUGACCCCGCUGCAGUUUCAAACCUUCCCAGCUCAACCAGAACAGUGAAGACAUUGUCUGAAGUUGAAGCCUUUGUUCUGAGGGCUGAUGACUUGAAGUUUGUAGCCACCCAGUUUAGGAAACUCCAUAGCAAACAGCUCCAGCAUACCUUUAGAUUCUACUCACAACAGUGGAGAACCUGGGCCGCUUGUUUUAUACAGGCAGCUUGGCACAGAUAUUGCAGAAAGAAGCUAGAGGAUUCUUUGUUUGAGAAGGAGAAGAGGUUACAAGCAGCUAUUGUAAGUGACGACUCUACCAAGCUCAGUCUGGGCGCAGCACUGUACGCCUCGCGUUUUGCUGGCAACAUGAUGCGGAUCUUACGGAGAAAUGCUACCCGAAAGGCCCGUUUGCAGGAAAGGGUGCCUGCAAGGUUGUUACAGAAGCCGGCAGAACCCAACUUUUUUGCCGUUGGAGAGUAAUUUUGACAUACCCUGCUACAAGCAGAAAGUCACAACCCAACUGGUAAAGUUUGUUCUUGUGCCCUCAUCUUCUCCCAGCUCGGCUCAGUUUAUGACUGGAUGCUGUACAUAGAUAGACCGCUUGUUCUGCACCCUUGUAAUUUAUAUAAUGCAAUUCAAUGUAUCAUUGCUUUUCGUUGUCUAUACAUGUGCUGUGUUUGUAUA